GUUUUAAUGGUGUGAAGAGCAUUUCAAGUGAAGAUAGUAGUUUCCUAUAACAUCGAGUUCUCUAUCCGCUUUUCUCGACUGAGAUGGACUGGCUUUAGCAGACGAUUGAUGAACGUUACUUUAGGCCCAUGCCUGCCACGGGAAAGAAGCAUGGCUGUCGGUGGCGACGCGGUUGGGUGAUGUUUUGUCUUUCAUGCCUUCUUGUUAACUCGUCUGAUGAAACACCGUUCGAAAACUGUUCUCGUAAUUCUUCAUCGCCUUCCGUCGCAAAGGAAUCCUUCUUCGAUUACAAGACCUCCGUUGUCGAAAACGGUGAGAACAUUAUUUGAGUCGCCUCGAUCGAGAGUUUCUUUUUGUAAACAGGAUGUGUGUGUGUGUGUAGACUCGUCUUUCUUACAUGUGAAUGGUCUUUACUAUUUGGAUUUAAAAGGCACGUUUUCUGCGUUUAUCAUCAAAUGUUAUUUUAUAUCUACGAUGAGAAUACUUCAAGUUAAGAUGGAGAUAUUUGAAGAUUUAGGUUUAGUGUAGAACUUUUAGUGGUGUGGAAAUUGAGAUGAAGUGGUCGUUACCGUGAUUUUGCAUCAAAGUCAAUGUGAAGCCCCUUAGUGAGUUCAGUGAUUGCCCUUACGAAACAGCGCAAACCAAUCGGGCUUUUACAAGUGUGAUUUCAGAAUCUCGUGAUUUAUAAGAAAAACCGUUCUCUUGCAAAGUAGCGAUUGAGAAUCUUGCAGAACGAUAAUUCUUAUAAUAAUUACACCAUCUUGAAGAUGUAAAUUUGUUACUGUCUGAAAUAUGAAUCUAAAAUUGCUAAAAUUAUUGUAAAGGUUUUCACUUACAUGUACAGAUUAAAUCACAAAACCAGGUAUAAGGUUAAUUUCACUAUUCUUACCUCUAAAUUUCCAUGUGGUUGAGUUAAUCGCAUGAGCAUUUGCCUUUUGAUAGAAAUGGUGUAUUUAACUGGAGUGGAAGUCAAAGUACAUUUAGAAGUAAAAGACAGUCGUAGCUCUUCAUAUGGAGUAACUAACAUAUUAGGGACUUAAUCAAAUCCAAUGUUGCUAAUCUCUCUUCUUUAUUAGAAAGCAGAGUAAAAUGCCAAUCAUUUUAUUGUUUCCAAACAAUUUACCAAAAACUAAUGAUUUGAUGAUGAUGAUUUUAUUAUUGAAGUGAUUGAUUUUGCACAACCUGAGUGUUCAUAUGGCCAUGUUUGUUUUAACCAUUUCACGGUGAAGAUAUGAAAUCAAUUCUCCUAAUUUUUUUUCAUACAUUUUCUCUAAUUCUAGUGUAGAUAAUUUUCUGUUAACUCUCGUCAAUAUAUAAAUAUUUCUUCUCAUUAGCUGAACACAUGUAUUUCUGACACUCAGUUUUUAAUCUUAUGAUAACAAUUUUGUAAUUUUUUGUAGAAUACAUUGUUGUCUUCAAUGGAUACUAUACCACUUCAGCUAGGGAUGGAUAUGUCAUGUCAGCCCUUGAUUUGUCCUCUGUUAAAUCCUGGAAAAUUAUCCCUCGGCAUAAUCCUGCCAGUGACUACCCAAGUGACUUCUCUCUUGUAAAGGUAUGUGAAGUUGACAAAUAAUUCUUUGAGCGGUUCCCAUUUUACCACGAAGCAGUUGAGAGAUUUGAUGUGUUUUUUUCUUUUCCAGUAUAAAACCAGUCACUAUUUCUAAUGAAGCCAGUGCCUCUUAACCUUUUCACUCUGAGGAUCUCAUGAUUAAUUCCCCUUACUAAUUAAUAAUUGCAUACAGGACAUUUCGCACUUAAGACUUUUCGCACAAGUCUUUUAGCACAAGUUUUGGAACGUUCACACAAUUCUUAGUGGUCAUUUCGCACAACAAUUAUAAGUGAGAAACAUCAAUAUAAAAGGUAUACUAAUUGAUACUGAUAAGACAUCUCACCUUCACAUGUCACUUUCAAUAAGAUCCAACGGCGAGAACGUAGACAUUUAUUUACAUAAUAACUUCAACUAGAUCGAAACGAUUGUGAACACGAUCACUAUUCUUACUUGAAGAAAGGAACAAAUCUUUCUCUCUAUGAAAAUGUAAAGAACUCCCUAUUCGAACGAUUACUUCUUUUACCUUUCCUUACAUAUUCAUGGAGAGAGAGAUUUGUACCUUUCCUUUCUUCAAGAACGAAUAGUGAUCAUGUUCACGAGCAUUUUGAUCUAGUUGAAGUUAUUACGUAAAUAAAUGUCUACGUUCUCGCCGUUGGAUCAUGUGAAGGUGAAAUGUCUUAUCAGUAUCAAUCAGUAUACCUUUUAUAUUGAUGUUUCUCACUUAUGAUUAUUGUGCGAAAUGAUCACUAAGAAUUGUGCAAAUGGUCCAAAAUUUGUGCUAAAAGACUUGUGCGAAAAGUCUUUUGUGCGAAAUGACUGGUUACCUUAAUAAUCCCCUUAUUGAUAUAUUUCUUUAUUUUCGUUACUUGUCUGCUUGAUGUUGUACUGAUAUUGUAAGGAGAAAUUCUGUCUUGGUCACUCAUGGGAGUGAAAGGGUUAUGAACAUAUUUAUGUCAGAGGGCAAGGCUAAAACAACAGAUACUUAUAAGGCUUUAGAAUUCCAGGAAUUCAAAGUUUGGUUGCAAAAUGAAAUCUCAACUUGUUCAUUGACUCAAUAUUUAAGUUGUAGGUUAAAUCGUCUUUCAGUUCAUUAACCCUUUAACCUCUAAGAGUGACUGACAUCUAAUUUCUCCUUACAAGAUCACCCUGAAUGAAACAUGAAGGUCAUGAGAAUAAAGGAAAUGAUCACCAACUAAAGAAGCUCUUGAUUGUUAAACAAAUUCUCCUUUUCAGAACCUUAAGACAUGUAUAGAGAAAGUAUAGAGAAUAUGCAUACUGAUGUUAGGGUGUAAAGGGUUAAUUUUGAACUUUCUCACUUGCACAUGAACUUGUUAUCAACAGUUGAAAGGAGACACAAGAAGUGGUGUUGAUGCACUAAAGAGACAUCCUAAGGUCCGAAGUGUUACACCACAAAAGAGAGUUGAAAGAUUUCUCAAGAGCAUAGAAGGUACAUGUACCUGCAUUACAAUUUGCUGACUUUUAACUCAGUGUCAUAUAAGGUGUACAUAAAUAUUCAAGUGCUGCAUUGUGCUUGUGUGUUUGUAAAAAGGAAGUCAUUAAAUCUUGCCAGUGAAUCAGUUCCCUUGAAUUCAGCUUUAAAAAAGCUUUUGCUUAAGAUUCUCAAAUAGACAUGUACAAUGUAUUUACUCAUGAGAAUCUCUCACUUGCAGUGAAAGAGGAUGAACUGAAGAAAGAAAUUGAACGGAGUGCAGAUGCAGACUGUGCAGAACAGGAUGUUGGUUGUUGGUCACAGGUGUGGAGUGCAAGGUACAUGUACAUGUUUACAUUAACCCUUUAACUCCUAAGAUAUGAUUGUUAAUUCUCCUCUCUACCUGCCACACAUUUUCAUGUAAAUUAGUUAUGAGAACUUGGUGUUAGAUCAAGAAUGACAACUUCUUUGCGAUAAGUUUGAGUAUUCUCAUCACCUGUUUGCUAAAUAAUGUAUGGAUAUUAUUGGGAGAAGUGGCAUGUUGAUCACGUCUGGGAGUUAAAGGGUUAUAAAUAAUACAGCAUUUUUUCCAAAUUGAUGUUCAUUUCUUCUCUCUUUUAAAGUGAGCCUUACAAAUUUGUAUGCAUCUUAAACUACUUGUAUCAAUGCGAUUUAUUUUGGACAGGAGGACAACACGCUCCAGUCUAGCAUUGGUGAGUUUUGGUCUCUAGUGUUUUAUCUUCACAGUUUGCUAAGGAAUGCAGUGUUUAGAGACAGACCAAAAAAAAAAUGAAUAUCCAAAGUAUGAAUUUAAUUGUCAACCAAUUGUGUGCAUCAAUCUUUUCAGAGUCACAGCCUUAUUCAGUCUCAGCUUCGUCACAACCCUGGUAGAAGAAUCCUCAGAUCUGUCCCAAGACAGGUAAAAAUGAUGAAGACCCAGAUACACAUAUAAAACAUUACUAGUAUUGGUGCAUGUACAUAUUCAUUCUCACUGAGGAUGUUAUGGCCUAGUGGUAAAUGUAUUAGACUCUGUUCAAAAGAUCUACUGUCUGCUUAAGCUCUUGAGGGGGGCUAACUGUAUUGUGUUCUGAGGCAUUAAACUUCACAAUGGGGCUCAAAUUCUGUCUUACUUUGACAUUUUUCACACUGGUUAGAUUUAUGAUUUUCUCUGUUUUGUAUUUAAGAUUUUAAGUCGAACUUGUUGAGAGAAUUCCAAUCAAGGAAAUAAAAUAAAUCACAAUGUAGACUUCACAUUCAAGUCAAAUGUGCUAUAAGAUACCAACUGGUACAUUUAAAUGAUGCAAAUACAUAUUUGCACGUUCUGUUAUCAUUGUAAUAAUUUUUUUUUUCAUUGUUCAUUGUGUUUCCUUAAGCUACUUUGUUUGCCUUCUGUUCACUCAUUAGCUGGUUUUUUUUUAUAUUUUAUUCCAGAUUGUUCAUGUGUUACAAGCUGAUGUGCUCUGGAGUAUGGGCCACACAGGUACUCAAAAGUGUUUGAAUAAUUUGUUCUGCAACAAAACUGUUUAUGAGCAUUGUUUCUAACCCUUUACACCCAAACAUCAGUAUGCAUAUUCUCCUUACUGUCCUCUAUAUAUUUCUUAAAGUACUGAAAAGGAGAAUUUGGUUCACAAUCAAGAGGUUCUCUAGUUGGUGAUCAUUUCCUCUAUUCUCUUGACAUUAACCUGUAAUUUUGGAGAGAUAUUGUAAGGAGAAGUGAGAUGCUUGUCACUCUUAGGUAUUAAAGGGUUAAAACUCUCAAAAUUUUCUCAAAGUUUAACCAGUAGACUGUGAUUAAAAAAUUAAAAAAAAAAACAUAUACACAUGUAAAUUUAUGCUUAAUGUUUACAUGGAUUCUUUUUAAGGUGAUGGUGUUAAAGUAGCCAUUUUUGACACUGGUUUGCCAAAGAAUCAUCCACACUUCAGAAAGGUCAUGGACAGGACAAACUGGACAGAGGAAAAGACCCUUGAUGAUGGUAAGAUCACAAAUUGCCUUUUGUUUUGUUUCUUGUUUGCUGUUAUAAAGCAAGAUAUAAUUGUAUUAUACAAUCAUGUACAUGUAGACCAAUAGGAAGUGUGCAUCUUUUGACCAUGAGACUUAAAGGUUCUACUGAAGAAAUCCCAACCAAGUUUAUUUGACACACACUACCACAGAAAAUGCAACUAAACAAAAUACAGGAGGCUGUUAAAUGUUUGAUAUUGGUGACCCAUGGAGAAAUCUUCACCUAAAUGCCUUUCUUAUUUUGUAGGUCUUGGCCAUGGAACCUUUGUUGCAGGUGUUGUGGCAAGUUCACGGGAAUGUUUAGGGUUUGCUCCUGAUGCAGAGCUUCACAUUUUCAGAGUUUUUACCAAUAGUCAGGUAGUGCACUGGUUUGUGGCAUGCAUUGAUGUUUUUCUCACUAUUGUUACUGUAAACAUACAGCAUGGCUCGCUCAUAAGUUAACUUAAAAAUGCAAAUAAAGUACACCAAAAAUUGCAUGAAAUUGCAAAUAAAAAAAUCUGUGUGUCAAAAAAUCACAUGUGCGUGCAUAAGCUUGAUACAUCUGCCUCAUUGGUAUGUAUGAGGUAGAUGUUUUGUUUUUUCUGUUGUUGGCGGUUUAUCGUUUUAAAGAAUAGGCUUUAUUGUAAUUGAACUUUCAUUUCAAUCACUCUUCAAACUGUUACAUAUUAAUGCGACUUCUUAAUCAGAAUAUAGAAUUGAUCUAUCAUUUUCCAAUGGAAUUCUUUUAUUAAAAUAGCUAUUUCUCACUUCAUGUAACACCACCUUUUUACAUGUGUAUUAUCUGUACAUUUAGGUGUCUUACACGUCUUGGUUUCUGGAUGCAUUUAACUAUGCAAUCCUGAAAAAAGUGAAUGUUCUGAACCUGAGCAUUGGAGGACCUGAUUUCAUGGAUCAGCCUUUUGUUGACAAGGUUCGUUCAGAAGCUGUGUCUGUACUGGCAUUCAAUGUUCAGAAAUGCAUGCAUUAAUGAAAAUGGCAAAAAUUUGUCAGAAUGGUCAAUUCUGUAAAUAUUUGCUCAUUUUGAUGAAAUUCUGUCAAAUCUUUUUUUUUUUUUUUUUUUUUUUUUUUUUUCGGCAUUCAUUUCUGGACAUAAGUGGGUAUUCAUGUACACAUUCACUGUACUUGUACACAUGUGAAAGCAACAGUUCCUCUUUUGUUUCUGAACUAUCUUCAGAUGUUCAUGAAAGUUCAUCUGUAAAGAAAAGUUGCACAGAGAUAUCUCUACAUGUUGUAACUGCUCUGAGUUGUUGGAAAACAUUUGACAAGUUUUGUAAUUUGAAUGAGGAAGAGAUAAUCAUCAAAAAAAAUUCAAGACAUAAUAAUUCGAAAGGCACAAUGUAGUGGCUUAGAUGUCAUUUCACUCUUUAUUUAGUGCCUGUGUUUUGGUGGCGAAAAAUCCCUAGUUUUUACAGUGUGUAUUUAAAGGUAGUGCACAUGUUCACGUGUAUUCAAGAUCAUCAGGAGUUUAUGGAAAAUAAUUUCUCUUAAAUUUUUUUUUGCUUUGUAACUUUUGUCUUAGGUCUGGGAGCUCACUGCAAAUGGAGUUGUAAUGGUUUCUGCCAUCGGUAAUGAUGGCCCAUUGUAUGGGUAAGAAACAAAACUGUGUAAUUCUAAACACAAAAUGACUUGAAGGGAGACAAAAAUUGGUUCUUAAAGAUAAAGGUGGAAUUAGGGUGAAUUCAUGACAGAAAUCCAGGGGGUGAAGAGCUUAGUUUGAGUUUGAUGCCUGAUGUUUAAGUAAGUGAAGGUUUAAGUUACAGUGUGUAUCUGAGGUCAACUGUACCUUUCAUCAAAUGAAUAUCGUGCAAUGCAAGAUCGAUUUUACAUUGUUGCGUUAUAUCCACUACUUUGACGAUCCCAUAUCACUUUCAACUCCAUUAAGAUGCUACUCCUUUCUCUGUUAAAUCACUGUUAUGGGCGCUGCUUGUUUGCAGAAUUUGAGUGUUGCUAGACGUGCUCUUAUUAAUCAACCUAUAUUUUUUGUGUUUAUGUUUGGAUUGUAGAACUUUAAACAAUCCCGCUGAUCAGAUGGAUGUCAUCGGAGUCGGUGGUAUCAACUUUGAAGACCAUAUUGCACGUUUUUCUUCCAGGGGAAUGACGACAUGGGUAAGGAAAAGUUCAUUUUCACCUACGUGUACAAUAGGAGGAUUUUCAAUGUCAGAGUAUCACCAACCUAUCUUUUUUCGUUUUGAUCCUCAGGAACUACCAGGAGGAUAUGGGCGAGUCAAACCAGAUGUUGUUACGUACGGUUCAGGGGUGCGAGGCUCAAGUCUCAAGUAAGUGGUUUCCUUCACUACAUACAUUCAACUUUUAGGAUGUUUUCUUUGCAUUUCGUUUACUUGUUGUCGUUAGUAUGCGUUCUAGUGAAUUUUUAGUAAGUUUUUUUUUCAUCCUGCCAAAAAAAAAGAAAAGAAAGGUGUCAUACUGCCUCGCAUGCAUGAGCAUGUGUAAAAUACUGUAGCAUUUGAUCGAAGUCUCUAAUUUUGCAAAUAUUUUCUGGCGGAACAAACAUGUACUCCGAUACCUCGUUAUUGGCUUUUGACUAUGUUCCUUGAAUUGUAAGCUAUCUAGCUCAUUCACUUCUUACACCCAGGCAUCUACUUCGUACAUUACCAGGAACCUUGAUAAACAUGAAACACGUUAUUGUUUUCUUUUGGUGCCAUUUACAGAGGUGGGUGCCGCUCAUUAUCUGGGACAAGUGUUGCGUCGCCAGUUGUGGCAGGAGCAGUCUCUCUUUUACUCAGGUAAAUCCAGCAAAUCCACAGUACAAAUUACAAUUUUUAUUCAUUUGGUCAACCGCUCAUUGUUCAUUUUGGGAACAUUUGGUAUUUAUACAGCAGGACAGGACAGUCUUACUCUAUCUCGAUUUGAUCUCGUGGCAAGAUCGUCCGAAUGAUAGUAGUCCUGAAAAGGGACGUUGUCAGUAAUAGAAACUGACGGUUCAACAACCCCUUCCCCCCCACCAGAAGUCAUCUUAACAGUCUUACCCAGGGCUUCUCUUGCCUGGACGAUCAGACUUCACGAUUAACAGUGCUUAUAUUAUUCGUAUCUGAUCACUAGUGAGGGCUAAGGAUUGACAGUACAUUUACAAGUGACGUUUUGUUUUCUUCGUUUUCAGUGCUGUUAAACAUCGUGGAAACAAUGUAAACCCAGCGAGUGUCAAGCAAGCUUUAAUGGCUUCAGCUCGCCGUCUUCCAGGAUUUAACAUUUUUGAACAAGGUACUUGUGAGAAAAUUAAAGUUUGGAAAGGUCGAAACUGGAAUUACAGGGUAAUCUGGUAUUAUCAACUGAGUUGAUAACGUAAAUUGGCCACCGUAGAGAGUUUUCAAACUGCCGUUUUGAGCGUUUAAGCCCGCGGAACCCGGUCCUGUGACGUCAGGUUCGAGAAUCGAACCCAGGCUACAACGAUGAAAGACGAGAGCUCUUGCCGAUGCGCCAUCCACGCUACCCUGAUCUUACUGUUCACUAUUUUGAUUCCAGGUCAUGGCAAGCUCGAUCUUAUCAAAGCUUAUCAAAUUCUGAGCAAUUACAAACCACAGGCCAGGUAGGUUUAUAUUAUCAUCACAAUACACCUCAAUAAAUAAACACUGAAGAGCCGAUAUGAAAUCCUUUCUGAAAAAAGCAGAGAAAAAAACAAGUGGGAAAGAGUAUAAUACACACUUUGUAUGUUUAGGCCUGAAACUAUCGCUUGUCGCAAGCUCGUGAAAAUUGUAAAUUUUGAUUUCUGCUGUCUUUCAGCAUGAAAUAAAUUUUGUUUUUAUUCUUGUAACUUACAGUUUGAGUCCAGCUUACAUCGACUUAACCGAGUGUCCUUACAUGUGGCCAUACUGCACGCAACCCUUAUACUAUGGUGGAAUGCCAACCAUUGUUAAUGUAAGUAUGCGGUAUAAUGUUUAUAAUGGUAAUUGAACUGAGUGGAGUGCAAUUUGGGCUGAAAUCAUACGCGUGAUUUCAAAAUCGAACGAACGUGCAGUGCGAGUUCAAUUUGAAAUCAUAAGUAUGAUUUCAGGCCAAAAUUGCACGACACGAGAUUCAAUUACCACUUUAUUACAUCCAUUUUGAAAUCGCCCAAAUACAGGAUUUGGUCAGGUCAAAUAUUUUAUUGAUGUGGUACUUAGCUUGUUUGAAAUUAAAUUCAUCCAUUUUUUGGGGGGGAAAUAAGAGUUUUGAAAAUUUGUUUUUAGUGUAGCCUCCUCAUUGGCUGGAAAAAGAUGCGAUUUAAGGCAAAAAAUGGUGCGAUUCGUUAAUAAAUCGCCUCAUUUAGAGCCAACAGGGACCACCAGCGAAAUGGGUGUAAUAAAUGGGGUAAUGAUAUCGUUGUUAAUAAAAUUUAUUAGUGCGACAAACACUUUGGUUAUUUUUGUCUCUGUUUACAGAUCACCAUUUUGAACGGAAUGGGUGUAACUGGGCAAAUUGAAGGGAAAGUAAGUUGUGGUGCCCUUGAUAUUUUUCAUUAUUUGAUUUUGGGUUUGUUCGUUAUUUUUCUUUUUAGAGCAGUUUUCAAUUGAUUGUCGAAAGUAAUCAAGGUUUGCAUUAGUUUUUCUUUACUUCGCUCUGUGAUUGGCCCAAAAAAUUCGCGCAAUUCUCUCAACCAAUCAUAUGCAAAACAAAAACCUAUCUCAACUUGGUCACCCGCGUUUUCCCGCGCUUUGGGAAGUUUUCAUUGUUUUACCCUGAGUCCUCAUUGGUUCUCUAGAGUAUUGUCUUCUCAUCUGAUUGGUCGUAGUGAUAACUUUCAGUUUGGUUUCACGGCACCCAAUCGAAAAGCGUUCUGUUGCUUUGAUAUGAAUUACCUUGGGAAAUUUCUCACUAGGGGGAAUAGGGCUUUAUUGCUGUGAUAAUUUCAGUUCAUGUUCAUGUUACCUAAAUUUAUCUCUGUACUCUCCCACAGCCGACGUGGCAUCCUUAUUUACCACAGAAUGGCGACUAUAUCCAGGUAAGAUUGCAAUACCCUCUGCUGCUUAAGCUUCAGUUUAACUCUUGCGUGACUUACUGUAAUUCUUUACUUGUAACCUGCAAUACAGUGUUCGCUCGGGGCCAAGCGCUGUUUGAGAAACACUGUAACGUAACAGGGUUCGAGUGGCGAAUUGUAAGGUUAAGGGAAAUUAACCUGAUGAUGUGCGUUAUUAACAGAAGUUAAGAAAACAAAUAAACUUGAUAAAUCAGAGGAAAGUGUUUCACCACUAGAUAGAGUGCUUCCAAAAUUUCACGACUGUUUACUGCUCGCCCUUUCGCUAAGUGAUAGUUCUUUUGGGCAAUCGAGGAGUUAUCCUUAAAUAGCUUAUAUACUAAAUAGACUGAGUGUUACCAAUUGUUGUGUGGGAUCUACAUGCACAUAAAUCGUUGCAGCUUAUUCAGUUCAAUAGACAAAGAGGCAUGGCUUGUUGCCUUAUUUUGCAUCUUAAGUUGCACAGAGUAUUGUAAUGUGUGUCGCUAUCUUAGUUUGUUUAUUUAUAAUACUCUGAGACGAAGCACACCGACAUUUAAUGUAGUUUUUGAAAGUGACUUUGCCCGUGAACGUGCAAACACAGGACGAUGGUUUUGAUCUUAAUUAAGACAGUUACUUCUUACAGGUCGGAUUUUCAUACUCCUCUGUCUUGUGGCCAUGGUCUGGAUAUCUGGCUGUAGUUAUUACACCUGCUAAGAAAGCUGAAUCAUGGGAAGGCAUCGCGCAAGGUCACGUGUCACUUACAGUCGUGUCCCCUCCACAGGUAGGUUGUCAUUGGCGUUGUGUUUUUUGAUUUACGAUUUUGGAUCGCCACAAGAGAUAUGGCUGUCGAAUGAAAAGGUCCUAGUAAAGUGUGUACUCGAGCCAAAUGGCUCAUCCAGCAAGAGUUUAUCCUGGUUUCAAAGCAUGAAGCGACAAGAAGAAUUAUUACUUCUUUCCUUCGUAGAUGUGUUUUAUCCGUUAAUGUUCUGUUUGCUUAUAUUUUGUUUUCAGGAAUCUGACAUAGAACCCCGGCGAUCCACAAUCAAACUGCCAGUUCGCGUUAAAAUUAUACCCACCCCACCCAGGAGGUACGUCGAAGUGUAUAUUGCUAAACCACUUUAGUUCGCUUGUUAAAUUUCAACUUGAAUGCUCUUGAAAAGCGUUUUAAACCUAUCUCUUUUAGAUGUGACCAAUAAAAAGGUUUUUCAUACAAUGUCAACUUACUUAUAUUGUUCAGUGAUAAGAAAAGUAAGACAAAAGGGAAUUAUCAACGAGUUGGUAUCGUUUUAGUCACUGUAACACUAAAUUUUCAAAGCGACAACUACAAGAAGAGGUUUGUAGACAGUGAGGAGAAUUGAUAUUUUAAUAUUCGGAAUGGUCAGGGCUGGGUCCUUAGUACUUCUUUUCAAAUGGUGUACAUAGAACAGUUUCAACUGAGUGUCCAAAAAUCCCAAAACCAAAGUAAUCCUAGCGAUUAAUCAAAAUAAAGCUUUACAUCAGAUUUUCAUAAACCAAUAAGAACUCAAAGCGAAAUAAGCAAACUGCUUGAAGCGCCGGAAAACACGAAUGACCAAGUUGCGAUGGUUUUUAGUUUUUCACCUGAUUGGUUGAGAGACUGGCGCGAGUUUUUUAACCAAUCACGGAGCAAAGUUUAGUAAAAGCAAAAAAAUCUCUGAUUACUAAUCGACACAAUUGAAAAUUGCUCUUCAAGAUAAAUGUUUGAAUUGUUAUUUGUGGUUUUGAAUAUUUUCGUUUUUAUUCUCGCACAGCAAACGAUUAUUGUGGGACCAAUUUCAUAAUCUUCGAUACCCGUCAGGAUAUUUUCCCCGAGACAACUUAAAAAUGAGAAACGACCCGUUAGACUGGUAAGUAUUUGUACUGAGCGUGAAAAGGGAUCUGGGAAAUUCACAAGGAAGUUAAAAGAAGAGUGAGAACCAGAUUGGGUAAUCUGUGCAUCAGGUGCUUGUAAAGUCGUGAAGCAGAUGUGAUUAUUGAUCGUAGAAUUUUGUGUCAGAUGAAAUAAAAUGGAUAACAUAAGUAGCAUAAGUUAACCUAGGAAUUUUGGUUACCUAGAGGAGCUUCUCGUGCACCAAAAUGCAUAAAUGUGUACAUCUGAGAUACCGUAAACUGCCAUUUCUAAUUCUUCCCAUCAACCCCCCCCCCCCCCCACCCAUAAGUCCACCCGGUUACCGGCCCCUGUACUUGUAAACAAAAAAAUUCGUACGAUUACAAGUCUCCCUUGAUAUAAGCCCCCAUCUAACUUUUCUCGUUAUGAGAUAAACGAACUCUGUGUUACUCGAAUAGAAAAUGUUAAAUUUAAGCCCUCUGAAACCCCUUUCGAAGUUGUAUAAGCGUAUAAGCGGCUGUUUACGUUAUUCUGGAAGUUCUUAAUUUCUAUGGUUACUUGGGUAGAUGAACAAUAUGUUAUGUCUAUUAGUGAGACGUGUAUUUUCUCUCAGGAAUGGUGAUCAUAUUCACACCAAUUUUAAGGAUAUGUACAUGCAUCUCAGGAACGCUGGUUACUUCGUAGAAGUUCUUGGAGCUCCGUUCACAUGUUUUGACGCUUCAAAGUACAGUAAGUGUACCGUCUACCUUUAACCUGUCAGUUUCUCAGACCAUCCAUGUCAGAGCUGCGAAAGUAAAUGGGAACAAACUGAAGAACUGCUCUUGUUUAUUUUAGGCACGUUGCUUCUUGUUGAUAGCGAAGAGGAAUACUUUGCUGAAGAGGUAGCCAAGCUCAGGGAGGAUGUGGAGGAGAGGGGCCUGUCAGUGAUUGUAGUUGGUGAUUGGUUCAAUGUGCCUGUCAUGAGAAAGAUCAAGUUUUACGAUGAGAACACGAGACAAUGGUGGAUGCCGGACACUGGAGGAGUGAAUGUACCAGCUAUUAACUCAUUGUUGUCUCACUGGAAUAUGGCUUUCAGUGAUCAAGUGUACGAGGGAGAAUUUACCAUUGGAGACAAUAAAGGUACAUUGUUUAAACGGCUCUUACCGUGGGCUCUUGAACGCUGCGGGAUUAUCAUAUAUUGAGUACUGAAGACAUCUUUUUGAAAUACUCGAGUUUCCACGCGCGUUCUGAUCAUUCAGAAAACCAUGGUUUACUGUACCGUGAAACACAUAGCUAUUUUAUAAAAGCAAUGAACCACAAUUUCUUCCCCGGAAGGGGGAGGGGUUAAUUGAUGGAAAUUGCAGUUAUUGCGUUUAUAAGAUAACUAUACGUUUAUUGGUACAACGAACGAUGGGUUUUAUCCAGUGCGCGUAGUUUCUUAGUUAUUUCGUAAAAAUCUUUAAUUUGCUCAGACAUGAGGAAUUUCAUUUUGCUCAUAUUACAACUUGCGGAUUCAGCUUUGACAUAUACACGUUGUGUGCAAGUGUAUGCAAGAUUGAUGUCUUGUGUCAUCGCAGUUUCCCAGUAUUUUUCGUGUGGUCAUUUUUGGCUCUCUACCACUUAUACCUGUCAUUCGUGCUUCGACGCACUGCUAAGGAGCAAAGUGAACUCGUUGACGUUCACUUUUGAAAGCCGAAACAUCAUCUGGUUCAGUUGGUAAUGCGAUACAAAGUAUUUGUAACAUACCGUUUUUCAUUGUUUUGUUACCUGUACUGAUCACAGGCAUGAGUUUUUGGGUUAGCUUUCUCAGUGAUGGACAGUUUGAAAUUUUGUCAGCUUGGAUGCAUUCGAAGUCUUCGCCGGAACAAAAUAUGUAGUUCAACUACUCUUUUCAUUUCAUUGCAGUGUUAUACUCGUCCGGAACAAGCAUAGCCUCGUUUCCAACAGACGGUCUCGUAAUAAAAGAAAAAUUGAAUCAUCAGGGGAACGAGGUUGUAACGGGGGAGACUAAGACCGAGGAGGACGUGGCAAUUCUGGGGCUUUAUCAAGUACCGGGCCUCCAAAGUGGUAGAAUCGUUUUGUAUGGUGAUUCGAAUUGCCUUGACAACGCACAUAUGGAAAAAGGUACGAGUUGUUUUACUUUUGUAAAGCCUCAGAAGCUGAGUUCGCGAUUCAUGAUUUUCGAGAAAGUACAGCCGGGCCUCUUACCUUAGCAGGCUUUCCUGUGGCAGUAAAAAUGGAUAAAGAAAAUUUUUAUUUAGCCUUCUCUAUUCCCCCUGUUUACAAAUUGACAUGCUGGUAUUCGAAGAGGUAGACUCAUGAAGUAUGUUACAGGUAAUACUGAGAAAUUUUAGGGAUUUUUAACUUGAUUUACUAAGCUGAUAACACCAAUUUUAUCCUCAGACUGUUUCUGGUUGUUGGACCUGCUUGUAGACUUCACUGCAAAUCGUGUUCUGUCUCCUGUUCUAAAGGAUCUCAGCAGUGGACCCCCAAAACCCUCUGAAUCUGCCCCAGAGAGAAUGGAUGGUAAGUCAAUGAGGAUAUUUGCAAAGCUGAAGAAACUUUGUGACACGUGUUGAUAUGAUCAAUUGCCAACCUCUGUGUUGUCAUAAUGUCUUGUCGUUGAAUUGCCCAGCUUCCCUUGUUUAAAUUUUUUAGCCUUAAAACUAUAUUCUUUUCAUUUUGCAUAGAAUCCUUUGUGUUCAUGAAGUUUCAUUCUUGAUUCUUUUUGAUUUCUUUUCAGGGAACCAUCUCCAUAAAUACUCCAAAGUCCUGGAUGCAACCCAGCUAGGGGCUAUUGAAACAGUCCCGUUGCCUGAUUGUCCCGCUCAGGCGUGGAGCAAACCAGAGCCCCUCAAUAUAACGGCCCCAGAAAACCUUCACAAGCAAAGAUGGCUAUUAUCUGUAAAUCUAGAUCAGGUGAGAUCACUCUCUUUCAUUCGUUCUUAUUAGCUCGAUGGGCUUGGACUGGUUGAAAUUUGAGAGGCUUAUCUUAGGUGAAGUCAACAUAAGUAGUGUCCUUUUGCAAGUAGCGGAAAGUGUCGACUCUAGAAAGUAAAGUUUUGGAUGAAAUUGUUGCGUUCAGUGAUUCAAAAGCAUUGCUGUUUCUCGCAGUAAUAAUUGUUUUGGGAACGUACAUGUAACGGUCUCGAAAAAUCCGUUUUUACGAUGUUUUGAAUCAUUUUUGCGUCACCGAGAAUGAUCCACACACGAAAGGAAACGUUGAAAUGAUAUGUGUAUUUCAUUUAUCUGGGAUAAAAAUUAUAAAAGAAAAUAGAGGGAAUUGAGAAAGAAACGAGGAUAGACAAUUCAAAUUCUUCAGUAUGUUUCACAGACGUGAAAGGUGUUGGAUUGGGGAAAUUUAACUUGGAAAUUGAACGACAAGCUGAUGUUGGGUUUCCAAGAAAAUCAAUCCUUAUUCCAUGUUACUUAAAGGAACUAUCAAUUCAUGUACGUUGUAAUUCGCUGAAAGCAUAAAUUUACGUGUUAACCCCUUAACUCCCAAGAGUGACUAAGAGAGAUUUUCUCCUUACAACAUCAAUACAAUAUCAACCAGGUAAGUGAUGAGAAUAAAGAAAACUAUCAAUUUGGGGAUAAUUAGUUGGUUCAAUACUAAAUUCUCCUAAUUAACAUAAGAAUUGUCUGCUUGACGGUAAGGAGAAUUACAAAUUUGAUCUGGGAGUUAAAGUGUUAAGAGGAUGGUGAGUGAUGGUUAAGAGGAUGUGAGUGGUGGUUGAAGGCCAAUUAAAAUUGAGAAUUUUAUUUUGCAGAGAAAUUUUGCGUCUGUCGGGGAAAAGUCAGGCAAUUUCAAAAUAUUUUAACUGUGGCCACGUUUCAGAAUCAAUUAAAUCAUCUAACAUUUUUAAAACGUUUCAAUUGUUUUACAGUUACCCGUGAUAGUGCCUCGUCACGUGCAGCGUGUGGCCCCGUAUCCGGAUGUAGCAGAUUCAGACCCGGAUGAACUUCCCGCGGUCAACAUUAGUGUCCUUUCCACCUUACCAAUGUACGUGGUUUUCUUCUCAACUUUGAUCGUUAUUUACUGCGCUGUUCUGUCGUGUCGAGCUAACCGCAAACCACGAGCUAAGAAACAAAAACCCAAGUCCCAACGCUUGGCGGUGACACGGACAAAACUACCCUACGUAUAACCGUGAAUGGGAUUAGCGACGGAGAUUGUAGUUCCUGAUGCUCAACAUGGAUCAAAUCCAUAAGGGAGCUGUAUCAGUGGGUCGAGAGGUGUGGAAGGUUAACGCUCCUUGGGUGCACAGACAAGUGUGCAGUGUUCCUAAGCGCGGCGGAGCCCCAUCCAAAAUGAGACCGGAGAUUCACCGUAUGGCUCUUGCUACGUGUGAAGAUCCCGCGAAACUGGAAGCAGACAACGAUCCAGCGACCUAAAACAGCGCUAGUCGCUGUGUAGUUGACGAUGUCAAAAUAUUCACCUUUUUGCCAGAGUAAAUUGCAGUGAGUUAGAAAACUUUUUCCAUUCCUCCAGAGUCGAAGGCUUGAGAAUUACUGAGUGUCUGUACUCUAGAUUACGUUCAGAAGUUUGAGGGUUUUGAAGCCAAACAGCCCAAAGACGAAAUAUUCUUGGUUAUGAGUAAUCCAAGAGGUAAAACAGAAAUUAAAGUUUUUGUGGCAUUGUAAAGAAAUUUCAUUUGCAGGUAAAGAUAUCUGGUUUAUAAAUAGAAAUGUUUGUACAAUACAGAAUUAUGGAACCUUGUUUUACCACAGACUGUGUGCGGAUACGUAAAUGCGUUCCAUGAUUGUUACGCCGAGAAAAUCUUAGGAAUUCCGCAAAAAUAAUGUCUUUUGAAAUAGAAAAUAAGAAAAUCAAAUUUAUAUUUUUAUCGAUAUAAUUUACACAGGAAAGUUGGUAACAGACAUAAAUAAAACAAAGAAUAUCGACU